CUGAGCUCCCAUUUCCAUAUAGGGAGGAUGCAGUGAGGUCCUAAUCCUUAGCCCCCCAGGGUGCCUGGUGUGUGUGUGUGUGUGUGCGUGUGUGUGUGUGUGUGUGUGUGUGUGUGUGUGUGUGCGCGCGCACGCACUCACAAAACUCCAGGCUUUACAGAGUCCUAGGAGCAAACAGGGAACAUGUCAGUGCCUUGGGAAGAAUAUUUCCAGAUGGUCUUGGAAGAAAAGCUGCUGGCAGAGAAGCCCCCGGCGCAUGAGGAUGACUAUAUCAGCCACGCUACCCAACUGCUAGAGAAGAAGCAGGAGAUGGUAGAGGUGGAGGAGGCCCUGCAGGCCAAGAAGGAGGAGUUCCAGAUAAAGAUGUCAGCUCUGAAGCAGCGAAGGGAGGCCCUGGACCAAAAGGAGGAUGAUCUGAAGGCAUCCAUGGUCCGCUUUGACAAGUUCCUGAAGGACACAGAGGCUAAGCAGAGUCGGUCCCUGCGCCGCGCAGAGGAAGGGAGGCAGACCGCUGCCCAGAAGGAGGCUGAGGCCAUGGCACUGAAGAAGGAAUUGGAGGGGCUCAUUAAGAAAAAGGAGCAGCUGGAGCGAAGACUGCACAAAUACAGACCCUUCGCCCGGUACCUGGAGCAGGUGGUGGCCCAGUCAGAGGAGUUUCAGGAGAUCCCCGAGCUGAUGGCCCGGUUCAGUGGGCUGUCUGAAACACAUGCCAUCCUGGCUGAGCGGGAGCAGGCUUUGCACAAGGCUGUGGAGGAUGCCAGGGCCGAGCUGCUCAAACUGGUGGAAGAAAAGAACGAUGAGAUACUUCAUCAGAAUAACAAGCUGGCCGACCUGCAGCUUCAGCUGGAGGAUGUCAGGACUCAGGCCCUGCAAUGGGUGAAUAAACUGAAAGGCAGCGUGAUGGCUACGGUCACAGUGACCAGGGCUCAGAGGGAACACCCAAUCUGGUCUCCUGGUGCCGAGUCUAGUGUUCUUUACCAUCUUCAUUUUACAGAGAAGGAAACUGAGGCACAGUGUGGUGAGCUUGGCCAUGGUGUCAGAGAAACUAGGACUCACAGCAGUCACUCAGACUCAGGACUCUUGACUACAAGUCCAGUGUUCUUUUUACCACACUGUUCAGUGAUCUCCAAUGUUAUCUCUGGGAUCAAAUAUGAAAGCUUCCAUUUGGCAUUUAAAGCACAAGUCACUACCUGGCUCCAACCUGUCCUAUGAUCUGUUACUCCCCUUUAUAUACACUAUGGUCAAUUAAUCCAUCCAAUAAACAUUUAUUAAGUGCCUACAUAAGGCACUAGGGAUGCAAAGGCAGAAAGGCAACAGGUUUCUGCCCUCAAGUUUAUAUUCUAUCAGAGGAGGCAACAACCAAGCUGUUUCCUACUGUUAUCUCCCACCUCUGUACCUUUGCAUUGGCUCUGCACCGGGCGUGGAAAGCACUCCCUCCUCACCUCUGCUUCUUCAGCUCUUGGCUUCCUUCAAGACCUAAUUGAAACUCUACAUUUUACAUAAGAGACCUUCCUCAUCCCCUCAGCUGCUGGUAUCUCCCCAUAAAAUCACUCUCAUCUGUCUGUCCCUCCUCAGUGCCCAGCACAGUGCCUGGCACACAGCGGGCACUUAAUAAAUGCUUGUUGAUUGACUGAUAUGUUAGUAGGUCAUCUAGGGCUUGGAAACAAUCUUAACAGUCAUCCUGCCCAACAAGGCAUGUGCUGAUGAAUAUUUAACAACCGACUCUCUGAGGUGGGAAAACCGCAUGCCGGGCACACUUUUAAGUUCAAUCGGCAUCACUAACAUUCUUUAUGUCACUUUCUUAAGUCUAGACAAUAAAACAAUGAAUCGAGAUCUGAUUUGUAGCCUUUGCUGAUUUCUGAGCUGACAAUUUAACAAUCGGCUCUCCCUUCCCAUUGAAGCCGGCUCUGGCAUACCUCUGAAUCCAAUCUAUGGUAAUGAGGAAUCUCUCCAUCAUCCUUCUAAGGAGCCAUGGGUGGGGGGAGCUUCCUACCUUUUAAAGCAGUUUAUCCCAUUGUUAAAAGGCCCAUCAGGAAAUUCUUUAUAUUCGAUUAAAAUCCAUCUUCCUCUUCCACCCACUGGUUUUAGUUUUGUCCUCUAGGACUCAGGGUCUGUUAUUUCAACAAUAACCAUAUUGUCCCCAAGUCUCCCCUUUCGGCUAAAGGACUGAUUCUUACUGACGCUGAUGGGAGGGCUAAUAUUUCUCUUCUCAGCUGCUUCGGGGGGGAGGCUGACUAGUCUCCAGGGAUUUCCUCCAGCCUACGAUCCAAAAGUUGAAGGCUAACGUGUGUGGGGGGUUGGGGACCUUUGUGAGUUGGGGUUCAGGGUUAUGUAAAUUGAGGGCUAGGGCCAAUAAAGAUGGACAGGGGUUUUGCCCGCCAUGGCCCUCUGCAGCUGAGCUCUUCUUCCCUUGGGUGUCUCUAGGAGUCAAGAUGGGUCCACAUCCAGAACACAGCAGCCCAGAAGACCCUGCUUCUUGGGCAGAUCAAGAUGGCAGCUCUCAACCU